AUUAAAUAAAUAUACUCAUUCACUCACUCACCAUUAUCUCUUUAUAAAACCACCUUUCUUCCUUUCAUCCCUCUUCAAUUCAUUCACCACUACAAGUACAUACCCUCUUCUUAACCCCUUUUUUUUUGUUGUGAUAAUAAUUGUUGUUUGUAAAAAUAUUUCUUAUAAUUUUGUGAUGGGGAGUGUUUGUGCUGAGCACCACCACCAUUACAAGUUCCACUCUUUGAUUUCGCCUAAGAAAGCCCUUCAAGACCUUAAUAUUCCUCCCAGGAAGCUCCUUUCUCGCCGAAGCGACGCUUCGUCUGCGUCGUCUUCGGAUUAUUUCUCGCCUUCGUCUGAAGCGGCUACUGCUAUGCUGCACAAGUUUCUUCCUUAUAAUAGUAAUAAUGGUGGUUCGUCUUCGUCUAAUGGAGAUGGUGGUUCCGAUGGUGGAGGAGGAGGUGGUGGGUUUGACCCGGAUGAUGACCCGUACUCGUCUGACGAGUUUCGGAUGUACGAGUUUAAGGUGAGGAAGUGUACUCGUAGUCGGUCCCAUGAUUGGACCGACUGUCCGUUCUCCCACCCUGGGGAGAAGGCUCGUCGUCGUGACCCGAGACGGUUUCAUUACUCGGGGACUGUUUGCCCCGAGUAUCGCCGCUCGGGGAGUUGCUCACAAGGCGAUGAGUGUGAUUUUGCUCAUGGUGUAUUUGAGUGUUGGUUGCACCCCGCGAGGUACCGCACCGAGGCGUGUAAGGACGGGAAGAGUUGUAAGCGUAAGGUGUGUUUCUUUGCUCACUCGCCUCGUGAGCUUCGGGUCCUUCCCGCCGAAGAGGAUGGGGACGAGAAGGAUGGUUGCACUCAGCGAGGAAAGCAAGAUCAACAACAUCAUCAUCAUCAUCAACAACAUUGUUGUAGGUAUUGUUGUGCACUUUCUCCUACUUCUACUUUGUUAGGAUUAUCCAACUUCUCCCCACCAAUGUCACCCAUGAAAGCGGUUGGGGCACGACCGCUUUCUCGGUACUCGGACCGAGUGUCUGCAUGUGGUAGUAAGGGUCUUAGUUAUGAGGAUAUGGUGAUUGCUGAGCUUUUGGGUUCAUUGGAAGGUAUAAGCCUCAAUGAGGCCAUGAGCCCCAACAAGGCUAGUCAUGUUCAAGGACAUGGUCAUGGUCGUGGUCUAUGGGUUGAUGUGGGUGGUUACGAGUCAGGGUCCGGUAUUGUCCCUGGGGACGAAUACCAACAACAACAAGAAUACCACCAACAACAACAACAACAACAAAUGCAAUUCUCUCUUUCGCCUUCAACACCAAUAAGGAACCGUUUUUUCAAUGCCAACAACGAAUCCGUUGUUGGCGGUCUCAUUGAUGAAAGUCCGGACAUCGGGUGGGUAAAUGAUCUUCUAAUGUAGAUGUUGUUUUCUCUAUAUAUAAAUAUGGAUCAAAGAUGAAUGAAGAUAAUAUCAAGUGAUAAUAAUAAUAAAAAUAAGUCUAUGUAAAUAACUUAGACGGAUUAUGGAUGUUCUUUUGGUAUUAUGAUGAUGAUGUGCCUUCUAGUAGGAAAGUUGUGUAUUGAAGAUAGACUAGAAGGGAAUUUUCUAUGUAAUAUUUUUUUGUGCUUGAUCUUUAUUUAGAUUUUAAUUAAUCCUUCGGAUUUGUAUUUUGAUUUUUCCCACGAAUUUCUAUAUUAUUAUUAUUAUUAUUAGGACUACUUUUCCAAUGUGUAUGUAACAAUAAUGGGUGGAUUUGUAACUUCAAAAUUUCAAUGCUGCUUUAUUUUGUUGGCAGGUGUAAUGUUUCUGGUGCAUUUUGCAUGGUGAUGUCUACAAAGUAGUAUGGUUCAUAUUUUGUAAUUCAUGGCUGUUAUAAUAAUUUACUGAAAUUUAUUUUGUGAUUUCUGGUAACUUUUGUUUUGUUUUUUUUUUUUUUUUUUGAAUAGUUCUAGUAACUGAUUUAUGCAAGGUAAAAAUGAUCUAUUUUACUUGUAUAUAUCAAUGGGUUUAUUCAUAGCAAUAAUUUUAGUUUUAUCACGUGAAUAGUAAAUGGGACAACAUAAACAAAAAGAAUAGUAUACGAGUUUUAUCGCAU